AUGGCCGGCGUCCAUUCCGCAGAUUUAUCAGAAGAGUUAGCAAUAGCUCGCCAAAUUCUUAACUACAUCAUGUCUCCAUCCAAUGCCAAUAUCGCAUUGCCAUUCAUGUAUCGGAUUGAUGCUCAAGCUUUAGAUCUUCCAAAAUAUGACGAAAUCGUACGCUUCCCAAUGUGGCUAGGAAAGAUUUCGGAGAAAUUGGAUCGAAAUAAGUACCCCGGCCUGCAAGAAUUUGUUUGUGACUUCCGGCUUAUCUUGGUCAACUGCUUUCGCUACAACGGUGUCUCCUCGCGUAUGGGCCGAAUCGCGGAGAAAUUGGAGACUUUAUUUGAGCAGAAACUGCAGCUACUCCCUCAGGAGUUACGGGCCAAAACGUCCCUCUAUGCGACUCUGGGGUGUGGGUCUACGCACCAUGAUGCCAACGACAACGGUCCAAUUCGUCGUCGUGCCAGCACUCGCCACUAUGGUGGCAACCUGGAUUCACAGAUCUCUCACCCUGUACGUGGACUGAUGGAGGAGUUGGAGCAUUCGAUGCCGUUCCAGGAGAGUGGUGGAGGUGGGACGAGCUUUGCCCCUGGCCCUUCCUCUGCCACUUCCGCCACCGCCCUCCUCUACGAGGCGUCGCCGGGUCUACCAGUGACCAAUGCCAAUAGUUACGCUCUAUUGGUGGCACGGCUCACCGAGUGGCAACGCCGACAGCACGAAGCUGACUUGGUGGCUAGCUGGAAGGAUUGGUGGCAAGCGAACACGCGGGCUAGGACGCAUCUAUCUCAGCUGAGAAAGUGUCCUCAACUACUCUGGUUAUGUUUUAGUACUGAUGGAUAUCAGGCUUCUAGGGUCCACAUUGUUCCGUGCACUCACGAGUGA